AUGCAAUGGGAUUCAGAACGUGAAGAAAAAUUUACUGGAUCGAUAGACCAGCAAAAUAAUCCGUGCAUUGUAGCGUAUAAAGAUUUUCUACAAACGACAGAAUCCAAGCCAUGGAUAUUAAACCACACAGAUCGUAUUAAUACUUAUCAUGUAGAGGCUGAUGAAAUGACUGUUAACGAUUGCAGCAAAGAGACUCUCAAGUGUUCAAGUUACCGCCGAGAAUGUUGGAAAAUCGUUCAAGGUGAUCGCUUCCUCACACGUCACAUCGAAUCCGAAUUUACAGACAGGUUUCUGUGUUUGAAAUUUCUACCUAGAAGUAAGAGUGUCAUUCAAAUCAGUACUUCUCAUAUCAAACCGGGAACACCCAACGAUUACUUGUGUCGUGACCAGUGGUUGGCCCUAGACCCAUGGCCUUGGAUUUCACACGAACACUAUUCACUGGAUGAUAAAACCAGUUGUCCAUUUACAGGUGGUUACAAUUUUGACAUGUAUUUCAAUAGUGGACUAAUGAAUAUUAAUCAUAAGUGUACCGAUACUAUACCACCUGUACGAAUAGAAAGUGAUUGUACAGAAGGCGAGGGCAUCACUUUCAGAUUCCGCAAUAGAAAUUGUCUUCACACUGAGGGUAAUUUUGAUCUCGUCCAAAAAACAACAUGCAUUGCAUCAUGGGAAGAAGGUGGUGAUAAAUACGCCAUCUUGCGGAAAAACAAUGAUCGGUAUUUUUGGUGUAUCCGGGUGUUAUUUUCGCCUAAUGGCGACGUAGCGAAAAUAUUUGUGUUUCUUGAUUGGGUUUGUCAGUCGGGUAACAUCAAUAAUAACAGACUCAAAUAUUUACAAAUGGACAAAAUUGGAAAGAAAAACAUCACUCACGAAUGUACUGAUGAAUUUUACGCUUGUGAAUCGGUGGGUGAAUAUUGUGCCACGGAGGUCAAGGACGUGUGUCCGAGAACAUGCGGCCAAUGCCAUUCAAACGAAACCAUACAAUACUGUACCUUUCCACAGUCUAUACUUGGAAGUUGGGUUAAAAGUACGUUACAAGGCAACGAAAAAAUUGCCAUCGAGAAUUCUUCUUUGGUUUACGCCCAAAUCGGAAAAUUCCGAUGCGUUACGUUUGACAAGGAAAUUAUUCCAUUGCGACGUGUGUUAUUACAAGAAUUCUCAAACGGAUGUUAUCCGCGAUUUUCGUGUCUGCAGUACAACACACCGUCUCCUAGUGUCAUGCGAUUUAGAUUGAGCAAAGUUAUGUUGUGGCCAGUGUUUCUUUCAGACGCUCGUAUUUGUGACGAUGACAACUUUAAGACAUUGGUCGAUACGGAGAGACUCGACAUUAAGACGUCAGAAACGUUUCCGCUACAAAGUAUCGUUCGCGAAUCAAACAACGAGAAUUACGUGACGUGUAAUUUACCAUCUUCCAUGAAAAAAGUAAGUGCUUUCGUAGACAAUCAUGGAAAACAGGGAUGUAUCGUACAAGGGACGUUUUCCAAACCAAGAACAAUAUUUUUGUCAUAUAUGCAAAAUGGCGGCGUAACAGACACAAUUGAGUAUAGAUGUAUAGGCUCUGUGACGUACAUUUCCAGUUUAAAAUCCAUUAUAAUUUCUCGACAAUUAGAUGCAGGUGAUAAACAGUAUUUCUGUUGGAUUGUCCUGAAUAAAAAUGAAAUCAUUCAGGUGCCUGCGGCUUCGUGCAAUACAUUUACAGCUAAAGCAAUCCAACGUGGUGACGAAUCGUAUUCAAACUUAUUAAUGAAACGACUUAUAUUGCAAAAGGAAUCCUCGAAUUGUGCAAGCGCUAAUAAAACUAUGGCUCAUUUAGCCCAAGAUUGGACGGUGCCUCCACCAUUUUCCAAAGAAAUUUCUUCAGCAUCAGCUGCAGGAAUCAUAGGAAUUACAUAUCCAUAUGUUUUAAUCUCGGUGAUAAUGUUGAGUGUGGGAUUCUAA